AUGAAUAUUCAGUAAAAUAUAGACGAAUAAAUACAAAUAGAUUAGUAGUUUUCGCUCAAAAGUAAUGUCUUUUAACGAUUCUAAGAGCUAUUUGAUAGUCUAAGAACUCAAAAUAAAAGCGAAUAAUUCAUUCUUAUCCUUGAUAGCUACAGUACCAAGAUAUUAUCUUCAGCUUUUAAUUUGAGAGAAAUCCUUAAAUUUGGAGUUCAAUGUAUAGAAAAGCUAGAGUUAAAAAGGAAAAAAUUCUAAAAGUCUAAUGCCAUUUAUAUUAUAGAGCCUUCAUAGUAAAGCAUAGAGGCAAUAUUAAAUGACUUUAAAUCUAAAGAUAAUCCUCAUUAUGCAAAAAUAAAUAUUUUUUUUACACGAAAGCUAAGCAAAGAAUUGCUUAAGUAGUUAGCUAUUCCAUCAUUUGUUAUUAGAAUAUAAUCUAUAAAAGAGCUUUAGCAUGACUUCUUUUUCAAUGAUUAGAAUUCCUUUAGCUUAGAUAUUCCUUAAGCAUUCCCAAGACUUUAUUCUGGCAACUUUACAUUUGAAGCUUAAUUGUUGGAAGAUUUAAUUUCAUAAAAAAUGUUGACAGUUCUGCCAUCUCUACUUAAUUUUAAUGCUAUUAAUAUAAUUACAAAUAAAGAUAUCCAAACAGUAUCACACAGAUUCUCAAAUAUUUUACAUCAAAAAAUUAUUGAAUACAAAGAAAGAUUAAAAAUUGAAUAAAGUAAGUAUUUAGAUGAACUUAGUGGUAGUACAUAUAUUAUUAUUUUUGAUAGGACUGAUGAUGUUAUCACUCCUGCUAUUCAUGAUUUAUAUUACGAGUCUAUGAUUCAUGACUUGCUAGAGAUAGAUCCUUUAAAUUUUAACUAUUAGUAUGAAAUUCAAACAAAAUAAAAUCAAUUAAACUAAACUGAAAUUGGAAAAAAUUAGAAAGAUUAAAAUGAGUUAAAUCAAAAUUAGGAUACAAAGGGUAACAAUCUUUAAGACUUGAAAUAAGUUGAAUCGACUUAAGCAAACCAAAAUAAAGUACGCAAAUAGGUUAUUAGCAACUAUUAAGAUGAAAUAUUUGAAAAAUGUAGAUACAAAACAAUUUCUGAUGGUUUAAAAGAUAUAGGUGAAGAACUCCAAGAUUUUGCUAAAAAGCAUUAAAACAUUAAGAAUAAUAAAAUAGAUAUAGAAAGCUAGUAUUUAUAAAAUGCAGAAAAUAUUUUAAGUUAGCUACCUUUGUAUGAAGAAAAAUAUUAGAAACUUAGUAUGCAUAUGGAUAUUAUAGGAAAAUGUUUCAAGAUUUUUCAAAAAAAAAACUUAUAAGACGUUGCUGAAGUAGAGCAAUAGCUAGCUACAGGAGUUGACACCGAAGGACAUAAAAUAAAACCUAAAAAGAUUAAGCAAAAGCUCCUAGAAAUGAUUCAAUCUGAAUAAUUAAGUCAUGAUGUCAAGUUGAGAUUAACUAUUAUAGCUCUUUUAAACUUAAAUUAUGAUUUUAAAGCUAAACAUUAGCUAAUCUAAAGUUUCAGCUAAGAAGAAUAAAUUUUAUUUUGGAAUUUGCAUUGGAUAGAUAAAAAACUAAAUAAUAUUGUUGAAAUUGAUAAGUUAAAACAAAGUGAGAGACUCAUAAAGUAUACAAAAGCCAAAGUAAAAAACUUCAAACCAGGUGUUGAUGUGGAAUUUUGUCGUCAUACACCAGAACUUGCAUUAAAGAUCGAAGAUAUUUUAGAAAUUUUACUAAAAUAAAAUGCAAACGACCAUACUAAUUUACUUUAAAAACAUGGAUAUGAUCUGUAAAUUAUAGAAUAAUCUCAGCAGCUACAGUUGCAAUAAUAAAAAUUAUCUUCCUAGCAGAGUCCUACAAAAUAUUAGGUUAAUAUAGAAAUGCAAAAGCUAAUCAGAGAUAAAUAAAAUUCAACUGAUGUAAAAGAUGUUAGCUAUUAUAAGAGCUAAAAUAAAUUUAUAAUAUUCAUUUUAGGCGGAAUAACUUAUGCAGAAAUAAGAGCAAUAAGACAACUUGAUUCAGUACUUAAAAACAACCUUAGAAUUAUUUUAGGAUCAACUCAUAUCCUAACUCCUUAAUUAUAUAUUGAGGGUAUUUAAGCAAUGCCAAAAUACUAAUAAUGA